AGCACCCACUCAGGCUGCUCUUCUUCUUCUUAAUACUUCUGUUCUGCAAGCCGGGAUGUCCUAUUAGUAACCUGCUUUUUCAAGUUUGGAGAAAAAUAACAUAUGGAAGAAAAAGCUCUGCAGUGAUGCCAUGAGGUUGAUUCUUGUUAAACCCACCAACGCAACGCGACGUCUCGACUCAACGGGUGAAGUUUUCCGUGAUGGGGACCACGAGCAUUGUACCUCAGGAGGUCCAUCACCUCCGACAAAAAUUCCUGAGGGGAUGCAUGAUCGAUGCUCGGGUACCUCUGUGGAAGCAUCUUCUUCCCCACAGGAGACGAGUCACGAAAGAUCUAACGGCAUCAGUCCACCAAGAGAUUCAGCCCGAAACCUAACCUUAUCACAGCUGAGUGAUCAGGACUGGCUGCUGCUUUGUGGCCAGGUUAGUAGCGUAGGAGAUGAUUCACCCUCAGCGGAGAGAGCAGGGACCAGUGUGGGACAUCCAAACCACAACAGAUGUGGUUGUUCAUGUACGGAUGCACACCAACAUCCAGAGGCUUCUAGUUUCCAUCCACAAUCAAAACAGGGCACCGUCCAGCAAGAUUGCCUCUCCAGAGUUUCAAACAAGAGAAGCAUUUCAUCUUCACCACACACCCAGCCUUUCUCUCAAAGCACCCAAGCUCUGACCACUUGCCAGGUCCUACCACAGCAAACGAACCAAAGGAAUCUUUUGAAACCUGCAGCAAACCAUCCACAGGAUAACUUCACGCUCCAGUGCAGUGACCAAGAAGGUCGAAAGGAGCUAUUGCAGCAACAGCCUUGCAAUCAUUUUAAUCAUUAUAAACUUAAAGACAGCAACCAAGCAACUUUAUUCAACAUUCCUCUGAACUCCAUCGAAUGUGCUGAGACAAAUCAGAAGCCUGCUGUCACUGCAGACCUCAACUGGAGGGAGCUCUUUGGCAAAGAACCACUGUUAGUUCAGCAAUGUCAAAAGCGAGACUCUCACUGCUCGAUGAGCGGUGAUCCGAACUGCAUGUCAUCUGGAGAUCCCUCCAUCAUCCUCAAGUGCCGUCAUCUCCCUUGCAAUCCUUUAACAAGCACUCCGCGGGUGCAGAGGUCGUCCACUUCAGCCAGUAACAAAAGUGUCCAGUCCUUCUCCAUCAGCCAGUACAGCUCGCUUGAGAACCAGGAUUUAGUGGCAGAGACAGCAAGACAGCAACAAAGUCAGACAAACUUUCAGCACCCCAGUGGAUCAAGAUUCUCCCUCCCUAAAUACACUCCUCCACCUUCCUCCACCUUAGAAACUGGUAACAUAGUCAACGGGGAUGCAGUGCGACCGUUGAGCAGCCAUAGCACUUUGAGAUCCAGUCUUUCAGAUCUCCACUCAGGCCAACAGCCUCUUCAGCUUCUUCACAGUGCCAUCCUGGAGGACGCCUUCUCCAAAGUCAUCAGAGAAGAUUCUAUUAAGGCCAACAGUGAGAACCUGACCAGGGAGGAAGGCAGUGUACCACAGAAGAAGACCAAGGACAUUAGCUACCGGCUGGGUCAGAGAAAAGCUCUCUUUGGGAAGCGCAAACAGCUGAGCGACUACGCUUUGGUCUGUGGGAUGUUUGGCAUUAUCGUCAUGGUGAUCGAGACAGAGCUGUCGAGGGAAUUUUACAGCAAGCAAUCCAUAUAUUCAUAUGUACUGAAAGGCCUGAUCAGCCUCUCUACUGCUUGUCUUCUUGGACUCAUUGUGAUGUACCAUGCAAGGGAAAUCCAGCUCUUCAUGGUGGACAACGGAGCAGACGAUUGGAGGAUAGCGAUGACCUUUGAGCGGAUUCUCUUUGUUGCCUUCGAGCUCCUCAUCUGUGCCAUCCAUCCGAUCCCGGGCCAGUAUGUGUUCACCUGGACUGCUCGACUGGCCUUCAGCUACACGGCAUCAGUGGCGGAUGCUGACAUCGACAUCAUCCUCUCUGUGCCGAUGUUCCUGCGCCUUUACCUGAUUGGCCGAGUCAUGCUGCUCCACAGCAAGCUGUUCACGGACGCUUCCUCCCGCAGCAUCGGGGCGCUCAACAAGAUCAGCUUUGACACUCGUUUUGUCAUGAAGACUCUGAUGACCAUCUGCCCCGGCACAGUCCUGCUGGUCUUCAGCGUGUCCUGUUGGAUCAUCGCAGCGUGGACCGUAUCACGAUGCACAGGAAGUGACCAGUACCUUCCUUGGAGCUAUGUGGCUGGUCUCCAUCACCUUCCUGUCCAUCGGCUACGGCGACAUGGUCCCUCACACCUACUGUGGGAAGGGGGUUUGCCUGCUGACAGGGAUCAUGUAUGCCGCCACAGCGUCACAAAGCCCUGCUCUUGUCCUCAGGGAGCGGGAUGUACGGCAUUAGUGGUCGCCGUUGUUGCGAGGAAGUCAGAACUCACCAGAGCGGAAAAGCACGUCCAUAACUUCAUGAUGGACACUCAGCUCUACAAAAAGGUAAAAAACACAGCAGCCAAUGUGUUGAGGGAGACGUGGCUCAUCUACAAAAACACCAAGCUGGUCAAGAAGAUUGACCGCGCCAGAGUACGCCACCAUCAGCGUAAAUUCCUGCAAGCCAUCCACCAACUCCGAAGAGUCAAAAUGGAACAAAGGAAACUAACUGACCAGGCCAAUACAGUUGCUGACCUUGCCAAGACUCAGAACAUGAUGUAUGAUCUGGUGUUGGAGCUUCAACAUCGAAGCGAGGAGCUGGACAAGAGGAUUGUAGCUCUGGAAGAGAAACUGGACUCCAUCCUUCUCAGCGUGCAGUCGCUACCCGUUGUGCUUUCUCAAGCAAUAACAAAGCUACAAAAGGAUUUCCUGGACGACUUGGCCUGUCGUGUCCACUUCCUGUCAUCCUCCCUGAGCUCCGAGUGCUGUUCAGUCCCUGCCAGGCAGCUUUGUCAAGGACCCACCACACCAUAGACACCAUACAGCUCAUAGGCCUAACUCAGUGGUUUUCUGGAACCUUUUUUCAUGCUGGGAAGGAUUUUCUCAACAUGCGCACUCUUUUAAGUAGCGCUCUGCUACACAUUCAUACAGUUACACACAUUCACCCCUGGGAGUUAUAGCUCAUACUGAGCAUCUCCAAUGAGAAGGGAAGUGCCUCAGUCAGGGGAUUCUAGAGGAAGGGAAGAACGUUAUUCUUCCAUUUCCUUUGCUCUAAGUUUUACAGUUAGCCCAGGGACUGGGUUUUCAGCUACAGACAAACUUCAGUAGAGCCUCCUUUUAUCUCACUCCUGAGAUCCAUAUAGGAAGAUAACUUGCAAGCAAACAACUUAUUUUAUACAGUCUAAUCAAGUUAAUUCCUAAGCAAUUAAAUAAACAAGGAGGGUAUUGUCCCCCAAAUGAUUCAAGCUCACAGACCUCAUAUAGAUAAGUAUUUAUUGUUUUUGCUCACUAAUCAACUAUUUUGCUAUAUUUAUUUCUGAAAGAAUCUAACUUUAUGGAACUGGAAAUGGUUAUUGAAAUAUCAUUGGCAGCACCUUUCAAUAUUUAUUAUUAAUGGUCCUCUCAGAAGUGGUCUUGUCACUGUUUGGUUCCUAUCCUGAACUGGCUGUGAAAAUUAUGAGUUCCAACACAUCAAAGUAGUUUUUCCUGUUCCAUUAGGACAAUGUUUUCUGAACUUUACUAUUAAAUGAGGUCCUCCAUUAGAGAAGAGUGACUAGGCAUAGAGAAUACAUUUUUGAAUGUUUGUUAUUACUUCAAUGCAAUAACGGUCUCGUGAAAUCUGAGAUGUCAGAGCUGUUAAUGGCUCGUGAGAAGUGUAAUCUCAAAAGGUCAAACAAAACUGUUGUGAUUGUGCCAAAUGCCAGAUUAAAGCCAAGAGGGGAAUACGUGUUCAGGUACCUAGGCAUUAGUUUUAGGCAUAACAGUUUGCAAUUUAACACUGCAACAUGUUUCACUACCAUCUGAUAAGAGUGGUGCAGGAAUGAGCACUAAAACUCGGAAAUGAUUUAAUGUUUUCCCACUUCCGGUUCCCUGGUCUCAAAUUCAAUGGUUUUUUUGAAUGGGGUUUUAGUUAGAUGCCUGAAAUAAGGUCUGACGUUAACGCAAGCUUAAGAUAUUUUCACCAUUUAUUCUACGAGAUGAAAUACUCCAGUAAGUACCCCACAUGUACAUUUUGAAGCUUUUACAUGUCUGUCGCUAACAAUUAGACUACUUAACAUAAUCUCUCCGAACACUAGUCCGCCUUUAGCUUAGUGUUGGUGACCUGAAGUCAUACGGCUGUGGAGUAAUCUGUUUAUAGCCUAACGUUAGCUUUUUGCUUCUGGCGAUUGCAUUUACACUUAAAAGAUAAUGUGUUCAUUUGUGAAUUGACUUUAUGUGGUGGGUACCAGGGUGAUGCUAACUUCCAGGUUGGCAUACAAAGAUACGUCAUCUCUGCAGCACUCUUUACUCUUAUUUAUUUUCUUUACUUUUUUGCUCAUUUGAGACUUAACUUCUGUAUUGUGAUUUGCUAUUCUUGUACCAUGUUCCUGUUUAGGCCUAGUAUCGGUAUCUUUUAAAGUUGUAAACAUAAACAUCUUAAGAAACGUGCAAUAGAAAUAAAGUUAAUAUAUAUUUAAUAAAUUGUGAACAUUAUUCAUAGCUUUGACAUCUUCCUUUGUGUUCUACUGGCCUUAGAUUUCCCCAUUGUGGGACUAAUAAAGGAUUCUGAUUCUGA